GGUCACCGUGACAACCUGAGGAGAGGCAACGGUGGGCGGAGCGAGGAGCGGUUGAGGUUGGCGGCGGCGGGCCGCCUCCGCAGGCAGCGAGGCCUCAGCGGUUGGCUCGGGCCGGUCCCCGCGCAGGGACUAUGAGAAGAUGGUCGUGCAGACGAGGAACAAGCACAAGGAUCUGCCGUCCAAGGGGGACCAGGCCCCCCGCUGCCCCUUGCGGAGCCGCCGGGGCAUGGGCAGCGGCGAGCGGAGGCCUCUGACGGAGGACAAGUGCAGCAGGGGGCCGCGGGCCUCGUCGCCUGCGCCCAUCCAUCCGUCGGGGGGCGGCGGCCGCAAGGGGCAUGCCCCGGGGUCGCUGCCGCGCCGGCUGCUGAUCGGCACCGUGCAGCCCUUCAUCGGCCUGUUCCUGGAGAAGCUGCUGAAGCUGCGGCGCUACCAGGGCUUCUCGUGGAACCUGACGCUUUCCAUAGGUGCCUUUGUGGGAGUUAUGCACUGGGCUCAUUUAACAACUCUUUUUGAAAACGAUCGCCAUUUUUCCCACCUCUCGACCUUGGAAAGGGAGAUGACUUUUCGCACUGAAAUGGGACUUUACUAUUCCUACUUCAAGACCAUGAUAGAAGCACCUACGUUUCUAAGAGGACUGUGGCUGAUUAUGAAUGAUAGACUUACUGAAUUUCCCCUUGUAAUUAAUGCCGUGAAACGCUUUCAUCUUUAUCCAGAGGUAAUCAUAGCCUUCUGGUACCGUGUGUACAUUGGAACAAUGGACCUCACUGGCAUUCGAACAAAAGUGUGCUGGAAUGUUUCCAGAGGACAAGGGCUUAAUCCAGUCGAAAGCUGUGAAGGACUGGGAGACCCUGCUUGCUUUUAUGUUACUGUGAUUUUUGUUUUAAAUGGACUAAUGAUGACAUUAUUCUUCAUAUAUGGCACAUACCUAAGUGGGAGUCAGAUAGGAGGUCUAAUGACAGUACUGUGCUACUUUUUCAACCAUGGAGAGGCUACACGUGUGAUGUGGACUCCACCCCUCCGAGAAAGUUUCUCCUACCCAUUCCAUGUACUUCAGAUGCUGCUCAUAACUCAUAUUCUCAGGUCUCAUCAGAAUUGUAAGAAAGACUUCAUUGCACUCCUUGUGUCUAAUGUCGCUUUCAUGCUUCCUUGGCACUUUGCUCAGUUUAUUCUUUUUACACAGAUGGCCUCAUUAUUUCCUAUGUAUAUUGUGGGGUAUAUUGAGCCAUACAAAUUUCUGAAGAUCAUCCUUGUGAACAUGGUUUCUGUUGCAAUCUGUUUUGUUUUAAUGUUUGGAAAAAGCACGUAUUUGUCAUCUUAUUUCGCCUCCUCUUUGAUAAUAACAUGGGGUUUCAUGAAAAAAAGAAGUAAAGUCCAAAAAUUGCAGUCAUCUCAGUAUACUAUAUGGCUGAUUCAGGGUUUUCUUUGGUGGAGUGGAACAAUUGUUUUGAAAAUUCUAUUAUCUCAACUCUUAGCUGUUUCGGAUCACAUUCAUCUUAGUGACCUUAUAACUGCCAGAAUUUUAAGAUACUCAGAUUUUGACACUUUAAUGUAUACCUGUGCACCUGAAUUUGACUUUAUGGAAAAGGAGACUCCACUGAGGUACACAAAGACAUUACUGCUUCCAGUUGUUGUUAUGAUUUCUUUUUUAAUCUUUAGAAAGGUGAUACCUGACAUUUUUUACAUGUUGUCUGCAGGGGAAACUUGUAUCAGAAAACAGCUUGACCGGAAUGAGUCAAAGAAUCCACCGACGGCUCUGCUGGUUUUUCAUGAAUUGCAGCUAUUUGCAUUUGCUAUUCUUGCUAUUUUCAUUAUGAGAUUGAAGCUAUUUUUGACACCUCACAUGAGCGUUAUGGCUUCCUUGGUCUGCUCCAAACAGCUCUUUGGUCGGUUCUUUGACAGAGUUCGUUUUGAGAAUUUUGUCUUUGCCCUUAUAGCAGUGAUGUCAAUUCAAGGUUGGCUAAACCUUCAGAGUCAAUGGAGCAUAAUAGGAGAAUUCAGUAAUGCACCACAGGAAGACCUUCUACAGUGGAUCAGGCAGAACACUAGAUCAGAUGCAGUUUUUGCAGGUGCCAUGCCUACAAUGGCAAGUGUCAAGCUGUCUGCACUUCGCCCUAUUGUCAAUCACCCACAGUAUGAGGAUGGAGGAUUGAGUAGGACCAGAACUAAGAUAGUUUACUCUGUCUAUAGUCGAAAAACGGCUAAGGAAGUAAGAGACAAACUAUUGCAGCUGCAUGUGAAUUACUACAUUUUAGAAGAGGCGUGGUGCGUUGUAAGGACUAAGCCUGGUUGCAGUAUGCUUGAAAUCUGGGACGUGGAAGACCCUACUAACGCUGGCAAGCCUUCCUUGUGUAGCAUCCUCGUCAAGGAUGGCAGGCCUUACUUCACCUCUGUGUUCCAAAACAGCAUGUACAGAGUCUUCAGAGUGAACUAGGGAGGCUGUGGCCUCAUCAGAUGCACAAUAGACAGAGUGUCAGAAAUGGUCCUUGGUCUGUUCCCUGGCAGUGGUAUUGUUUAAAAGAAAAUCACAAGAUGUUACUGGAAGUGCUUUUAAGAAAGAAAACAUUUUUUCAAUCAUUUAAUUCAUUCUAAUUAAAGGUAAAAUAUUCAUUUUUCACAUUGCAGAAUCAGCCUUUGUUAUGUAAAAACUAAUUUGUGACAAAAACUUGUUAUGCAAGUGGUUAUAUGUUCAUAUGCUACUUUAACAACUGUUCUUAAAUUUUUGAGGAUAGCUCUCUCCAAGAAGAACAAAGACAAUAUAAAUCUAGAAUGUAAGUUCUUUUUUGACCAAAUAAAUGGCUUUGGAGUUUCUUCAAUAAAAUUUGAGAUUUUUUGCUUCAUUGCAGACCCUAGGGGACCAGCACGACAAUACUGCACAAUGUUAUUUGGCAUUUCUGUGUUGAUUGCCUACUGAUACUGAUCAUACAUGGGUUACCUCUGUGAGGAACUUAAUUUUUAUAACCACAUUUCUGUGAAGUUUGAUUUUCCUUUUUAAAGUAACCAAGAAGAAUCUUAAAUAGAUUUGAACAACUUUUCAUCAUCUUUAAUUAGUUUGUAAAAAACACCUUUAU